AUGGAGAGGAAAAAAGAGAUCUCGUCAACGGGACAAAUAACUCGUGUCGAUGUUAAGUUUGCUUAUUUAAUAAAUGAGAAAUGUGGCUGUGUAUUCAUUCCACCGUGUUCUGCUCUCCCAAAAAAUUGUCCUAGUCCCGAUUUAACUCUUUUUUAUAAGGCUGGUGACAUCGUUCACUUUACAGCGGUAUCGCAACAAGGCAAGAACGACUGCAAGUGGCUAGCUACGAAGGUAACACCAUCAGCAAACAAUGACAUAUAUCAGGCGCCGCGUUGUGAGCUCAAAACUCUCCACCAAGUUGUCACAAUCACAUUAGUAACUGAAACGUAUGCAUAUGCUAUCAGUGAUGAAUUAGGUAUGAUUUUCGUUCCCGGCGCGGCUUUUCAACAAAUCGAGGUGACGAAAUUGGACAGUUAUUUGGUUGUUGGUGACAACAUCGUAGUUCACAUUCGUUCACAAGCUCCUAGACGUGGUUGCAACUGGAUUGCUGAACAUGCCACCAAAAUUACCGCUUUAAAUGCUGCUGCAUCUUCUGUGAUGUAUGUUAGUGGUAAUGAAAAUUCCUGCAAUUAUAUUAAACGAGGUAAAGGAAUAAUUGUAUGGGCAGAUCAUUUAACGGCUUAUGUAAUGAACAAUUGCAAUGAAAAAGUGAUAUGCCCAAUUCUAACUUGGAUGGGAGGCAACAAUGACAACUUACUUGCCGAAAAUUUGUGUGAUGUGGUUGAAGUGUUUUAUGAAGCACUGUUUACUAAUGUUGGACUGAGAGCAAAAUGGUGGUCUACGAAAUCUCCAAGGAAAAAUGUUGCAGAUUCUUAUACCCAAACAGCGCUCACCGAUUUCUGGAUGAAAAUCAGUAUGAAGGUAUAUCGUGAUGAUUGUUUAUCGGCUCUUUGUCGUUUGGAUGGAUGGACUUGUGUGUUCGCUCGAAUUGUGUCGGUUAAACCUUUGGAAGUGGAAGAUGACAUCAGCCGGCUUUGCUUGUACAAUAUCGCUGAAGACGUCCUUUUUGCGGAUAUUCAUUGUGGCGAUUAUUGUUACCUACUGCUCGAUACCACUGUUCGACCAAUGCGAUGCACACGUAUUACUGUUGUACCAGUUGAAAUUGCGCCACUUGCUAAAUACCAACUAAAACUUGCUCGUAAUUUGGAAGAAGAGGAAUUCAGUAUAAUGUUGUAA